UCGCUCUCUUUGUAUCUGAGACACGCUCUGUGGAGAGAAGAAGCCUCAGAGGUGUGUGACAACCUCCAGCACAACCAGGUGCAUCACUUAAGUGAUGCCACCCCUUUACAGCUAUUUUGUACUACUACAGAAAAGACCCUGAACUACUAUUGCACAAUAUAAUUUUUUUUUUUCAAGGAAAGAAAAGUAUAGGGGCGCACUUUGCUUUUACGCAUGGAAGUUGGAAUCAACCUAAUUUAAUUUACGCAUGGCUGUGUCUCGUCUCUUCGGGAGAUGCGUCCGGGCUUAUGAGUGCUUGUCAUGACGUGAAGAACGGGACAAAAAGUGAGCAACGAUGCGGGGCACUGAGCUGCUGCUCGGUUACUUUCUGGUGAAAGUUAUGGUGUGUGACGCGGAGGGCGAGCCGGGUGAGACCGUCGACGACUUCAUGCUAGUGACCGGGUUUAACGACUCAAAGGAAGGGGAGAGCACCGUCACGGAGAGCCCGCACAUGGAGGACAAGUGCCUUGGCUACUACGACGUGAUGGGCCAGUGGGAUCCGCCGUUCGUGUGCAGGACCGGCAGCUACCUGUACUGCUGUGGCACCUGUGGCUUCAGGUUCUGCUGCGCGUUUAAAAGCUCCCGGCUGGACCAGACCACCUGUAAGAACUAUGACACCCCGCCGUGGAUGAUGACAGGAAGACCCCCGCCGAAAGUGGAUGUGGCGCAGGACACAGCGAAGGAUAAAACCAACCUCAUUGUGUAUGUCAUAUGCGGGGUCGUGGCCAUAAUGGCACUGAUAGGAAUUUUCACCAAGCUAGGUUUGGAAAAGACGCACCGUCCGCACCGAGAAAAUAUGUCAAGAGCUCUUGCGCAUGUUAUCCGCCAUCCUGCCUCAGAACUUACGGACAGCAUUGGACUUGGCCAGCACUAUGAGAACAUACAAACCAGAGUCACAGUUAACAGUCUCCAUAGCAACCAGAUGAACAACAUGAUUCAAGCAACGACUUUGAUAACACAGCCUUACCCGACUGUAGGACAGAUCACCAGCCCCUAUGAGCAGCAGAAGCCUGUCAAGGAUCUCAACAAGUAUGCCACGCUCAAGGCUGUGGAGAAAGCUAAUCACAGCUUCUACAACAACCGGCGGCAAGUGAUCGAGAUGACCACCAAGGGCAGCCUUCCCAUGGAAGCUGUGGAUAUGGAGCCUGAGCCGAGUAAUCCUUAUAGCCCACCCAGACAGCUGUCUGCAAAGCAGAAUGAACACAAGUACAAAAGCCCCAAGAGCCACAGCUCCCAGACGCUGUCCUACAGCUCCAACACUGCUGCCAGCCCAGGGGUGCUAAGAUCCUGGGAAAGCAAGGACACGCUGGGACACAGACAGAGCUAUGGCCCAAAGAAACUCUGCAUCAUAGAGAAGGAGCUGCACACCACUCGCUACAUGCCUCCACAACCAUACUUUGUCACCAACAGCAAGACAGAAGUGACCGUAUGAGGGGCUGUCUAAAUAUCAGUCUUAAAAGGAGUCUGCAUUAGUAAAGACAGUAGCUGCUGACCGUGGGUGGCUGUAAAAUGUGCAGUUGUGCAUUUAAUGGGCAGCAUUUAAGAGGCCCCCUAAAGGUGAAAUGUACUGUAACAGGACUCAGCCUCAGGAGGGCACAGUGAUGAAUAUACUGUCAUCAAUAUUUAUAUAAUCCAACUGCUAAAACAAAUAGUUACAUUACUCAUAACGGUGAUGAAACAUACACGACACAGUACUGUUAUAUUUAUUUAGAUAUCAAUGGACCUUAAAAUUUAAGUAUAUUAAUACUAUUUCUAUUACAUCAAUAUUGUCUAAAUGAAAAAAAAUAACAUCCUUGUUUAUCUAAUCAAGGUUGAGUAGCCUGUGGUUAAUUGAGUAUUGAUUAACUUAACUCGACAAUUUAUAGACACGGUCUGGAAAUGUUUGGCACUGCUACACCGCUGGGUGUAGGAUCUAGUGCAGUGUCCAGGGAUGAUAAAUUUGAAACACUUACCUGAAUCAUUUAACCAGUCCAAAUUCUAGAUAUUUUGUUUAUUAAUUAAUGUAUUUGAAAUGAAAGAUCUAGUAGUUCUCAGUACACAAGUUAAUCAGUAAGAACACAGUUACAAUUUGAGGAUAAGUGACGUUUUGAGAGCUCACUGCACAUUUUUAGACUUAAAACUAAAAAUGAAUUAGACCCUCUCAACUCUCAUCUAAAAUCCAAAACAUCACUUACAUUUUGAUUGUCAUUCAAAAUGUCUAAAAAACAACUUAAAACAUUAGUGAUAUGGGUGGGUCACACACACAAUUUCAAUAGACUUUGGAGACAUAAAUGUUGUCCAAAAUUAUGUUUUCAGGUUUGUUUCGAAAAAAGCUUUACAUCCAUUUUGGACAGAUUCAUUAGCUAAGUUCACCAUUCACCAUUUCUAAAAUAAAGAGGAAUCAGUCGGCCAAAGUGUUACUGUUCACCUCAAUGACUUAAAAUACAUUAAAAGGUUUGUUUUCGUUUUGUUAAUGUAGUGUCUCAUUUUGAAGGAAACCAUCCAAAUGCAUUCAUACAAAGUCACUGCCAACAGACAACCUACUGAUACAUAUAUUUCUAUGAGUACUAGGGGAAGUAGCUGCAUUGUUGAACCAGUGUUGUAUUGGUGUAAUAGUGCCUCUCAUCAGCACCAGCAUGUGUGUGAUUAUCCUAGAAUUUAAUGUAGAUGAAGCCCCAGUAUUAGAAUGGUGAUUGGUUUUAUUGUUAGUAAUCCAUUAUGCCACCAACAAAAGUUUCAGUGUGAAAUUUUGUCAGUGUGAAGAUGGUGGCUCAGAGUUUGUAUCAUAAGUUAAAACUCUCAUCUUUCAAAUGUAUAUGAUUUAAUUCCAAAUCUCACAUUUAUUGAAUGUAUCUGGUUUGGACAGUCUGAAACCAGUGGUACGGUAGCAGUUGACAUUUCCAGAAUUGGAGGUUAAUAGUCAAUAAAGUUUUGUCGGGAUGAAUGAAAAAAUGUUGCGUAAAGUUUGUUUUUUUUGUCUGUUACCACUCAAAUAAAUUGGUCAACUAAAGACAUAUAAAAGCUUUUGUUUGACUGACCCUAACAACUUACUACAUGACAAUAUUUACCUGCUGCUGUGGUUGUACCAUACCAAGAACUCUUAAUAAAAGAACUACGGAUGACGCUGGAUUCAUGCCACACUUGGCAAAAUGUUUUAAUAAACAAGGUUUUCUGGUGCAAUUGA